GCGAUAUUGCAAUUACUGGCAGUUCAUUUUGACCUCGGUAAACUUCGAUAAUAGGAAUCUUUUGAGAAAAUCGUAGCUCUUAUUAACGAUAUUUUACUCGAUGUCCCAGCGCAACAGCAGUCUCUUAAUGCAGCGCAUGGAUAUUAUCUCCAACAUGCUACUUCGGACGUAGGUCACCGUUUUACCACGUCUCUAUUGGGCGCUCGUUUUUUUUCUAAAUUACACCUCGACUCUGGUCAUAAUUUAUAAAAGGUGUAAUCUGAAUUAAGAGUGGACUCAAACCGAUCUUCCAUCGGGACCGAAGGGUCUGUAUGAAGGGAUGUGAUGACCCAUGCAGAUACAGCCCCAGUGACUCCUGGGAGCAGGUAGGUCUUCCACAUGCAGAGGCCAUGGUGGGGGGAGCCCGGCCAAAACUAAAAAGAGGGAGGCCCAAGGAGGUAAAGAGAGGCAGUGUGAAGGAGAGCAAUGAACUGUGGGAAGAGGAGGAAGGCAGGAAGCUGGAUCUGUGCGAGGGGGACAGCCUUGACUGUCGAGUCCUUCUCACUCGUCUGGAGUCGAGCAGUGAUGAGGACAAGGAGAGCUGCUUGGAAGCUCCAAUAGAGACCAAAGAAGAAGGGAGCCAUAGCCUGGUGCGUGGAAGGACCAAGCCCUGCAAGUCUAGACAAAAGACCUGCAAAGCCUAUCGGCUAGCGCCGGAACCAAACAAUCAAUCAAAAGUGUUAUGCACAUUACCUGUCGUGGAAUCUCGCAAACGGAGGCUGGCCUCUCUCAACGCGGAGGCUGUGAAUAGUCUGCUCUUAUACAGAGAACAUCCGCAAGGGUCCAGACUCGUAAAUAAGCUACAUUCCAAUGGGAAUCUGGCAAAGGAUACAAUCAUUUUGGGCCAUAACACCCCAAUUGGUCCUAAGGUGGCAAAAUCAGACAUUUGUGGAAUUGGAAGUUCCAAAACAUACCAAAAGACUAUGAAGAUGGAGGAUGUGAGUCUGCUGAGUCUGUACGGUCCCACCCCUCGGCGUCAGGCCAGCCUCAAUGCUGCUGCUUUGCUCAAGAUCACCAGCACCUCCUUCAAAGCCAAACACCGGAGGGCCAAGGCCAACUGCAACCAGCUGAGUGGGGUAGUGAGGAUCAAGUUAAAGAAACGGCAUCAUCAUGAAAUCCAUCACAGUCAAUCCCAGGUCCAGCCACAGCUGGUUCAGAAAUGCUGUAAUCUCUGUAAAAGGGAAUACUUCCACCCAGAACCACAGUGGGAGGGGACUACAGGGGGGAAUGGCUCCAUCAGAUCUGACAUCCAGUGUGGAUCCUUCCUUGGCUACCCAAUAAAGUCUGUGGAGGUACCAGUCGAGACCCAGGCGACUCCUUCUUUCUGCUGCUGCUCCCAGGAAAGGUUGGGGGAGUACUGCCACCGACUGGCCCUGUUCCUUGGCCAAAAGAGCUUCGGUGACGACGAACUUGAGGAGCAUUCGCUCUCCAAGGGCCGCCUCCUCUCUCCCCGUUCCCUUGCCCACCCACAUGCCCUGACCAUAGGCCCCCACCCUUACCCAUGUUUCUCAGGCUAUUAUGUCCACUUUGCCCACCACAAGACCUCCUCUACCCUCAUGACCUCCAUGAGCUCCAGCCCCAUGCCCUACCCGCCCUCUUCUGUGGCCUCCAUCACAUUGUGCCCUGGUGGGGUCCAGAGUCCCAAGCUGCUGUCCCCGACCGGCUCCCACCCCUCAGGAAUCUCCCACCCGGUCUACUGCUAUGGAGAAGCCUGCAGAAUCAGUCGCUACCCCUACAGAGCAGUAACAACCCUCGCCAGCAGGGGGUGCUGCUAUAAUGCAGGUUGCUCCAGCUGCAGCCAUAACACCAAGUUGGAAGACUACUCCUCGCCUUUGGAGGACCACAGCCCCCCCUCUGUCCCAGUUUCCCCCACACAAGGCUGCCUUGCCACCGCCAGCGCUCCCCCAGCCGGCCAAUCAGUGCCCCACCUCCAGAACCCUCUAUCGGACCCCAGCCAACCGAGGAUUACUCUGCAAGUGACCCGGGAGUGUCCUCAGCGUGCAAAGCCACCCAGCAGCUCUCGGUCUGGGGUAUGUGGUGACUCCCAUAUUCGAGACGAGCAUCAGCUGGUGCCUGUCGCCAGCGGAGCUGCCAAGCAGCAGAGGAUCACCCGUCGCCGGGCAACCAAUGGCUGGCUGCCCGUGGGCGUGGCCUUCGAGAAGGAGGUUUUCACUGUGGGGGAAGAGACGACAGUGUUGCGCAAAUGUUUCGAAGGAGUACAGCGGGAUGGGGAGGUCAUUCGGGUUCGAGACACAGUCCUUCUGCGCUCCGGUACCAGGAAGAAGUCUCUGCCCUACGUAGCCAAAAUCUCAGCCCUGUGGAAGGACCCCAAAUCAGGAGAGAUGAUGAUGAGCCUGUUUUGGUUCUACCGCCCAGAACACACACAGGGAGGACGAAAUCCCAACACACACUGUGAGAAUGAAAUUUUUGCAUCUCGGCAUCAGGACGAAAACAGUGUGGCCUGCAUUGAAGACAAGUGCUACGUGUUGACGUUAGCACAGUACUGUAGAUAUUGUGCUUUGGUGACUCGUCGGGGGGAGGAUCUCCCUGAAAGUACCACCAGAAUGGUGCCGCCUUCUGUCGAAUACGCCGUCCCUGCCCACUGCUGCGUGCCAACGGACAUCGACCCCGACCUGGUGUUCAUGUGUCGCCACGUCUACGACUUCCGCUAUGGACGCAUCCUGAAGAGUCUGCAGUAGCACUUGUGUGGAUGGUGGUGGAACGGAGGAAUCUUAAACAGUGAAAGAAAGGGCUGAAAAUACAGGAUUUUGAGACCGACCAAGCCACUCUGUUUUGAAAGGAGUGGAAGGUGUUGACAGUUUUAGGCAGAGGAAGUCUCGAAGUCUGGAAGUGCUUUUGCCCAAUGUCUCUAUCUCUCACUCUUGGGGGAUUUGCGAAGGGUCACACUUGGUCAAAGAGGAAUUGUGUUUUAUCAUCCCAAGCACAAAUCCCCUUCAAUAAAACUGAUUUGCCAAAUUAUUAUUUUAUUUUUGCAUCGUCCCAUGACUUUGCCUGUAUCUAUGUGGGUUAUUAGUUACGUUGUGUUGGCAGAUGGUAUCAGUUAAGACUUGUUUUGUAUUUAAUGGGAUGACUCAUGAAUUAGAUGGUGGCUUAACAUAUUUAUCUGUAUUGAUUUAGUCUUGAGUUUACGGUUUAAUCGGCUUAAGUGCAAAGACAUGUUUAUUUCUAUAUGGAGAAUUUUUUAAUUUAAUUUUUUAAAAGUAAUUUAAGAGUGCAUUAUUUAGUAUUUUCAAAGCAAGGAAGGCGACUACGAGAUAAUUAUCAUUCCUAAGUAGAAAUGAUCCAGGCGUUCGCCAAACACUAACUCUCUGUCUGCAUUGUCUUAGAGGUAAAGUACCAGUGAAUCCCAAACCAGCCUCUCGCCUAUACCUCACCCCUACCAACUAUACCUCACCCUUACCAACUAUACCUCACCUCUACCAACUAUACCUCACCCCUACCAACUAUACCUCACCCCUACCAAUUCAUGACCCUACGUAGUCACGUGUUGCUGACAAAACUCCCAGAGUGGCGAGGUGAUUAAAUAAACCGAGACACAUUCUUGACUUGAAUUAUGCAAUUCAUGUAUGACAUUUAAAUAAUAAGAGCAUGAAAUUCAAAUGAACAAAUUCCCCUGGUCAUUUUACAAGAUAUAAAAUCGGACACAACAAAUGCUCCAUUCUCUUGUAUGAAAUUGUACAAAAUAUAUUGUGUUUACAUGUUGGAAUAGCUCUUCGCUUUGGAACUGGCAGCUUUGCUGGCUUGGUCGAAGUGGCUAUCGAAGGGUUUGGUCAUUGUCACACCCUCAGCUUUGGGACACUUGUUCAAAUGAAGGAGGUGAGUGUGAAAGUGCAAAUGGAGGGGUGAGGGGAAGGGACUGGUUUGGGAUUCAGCAUGAGAAUGACCAGUGACUCAACCGGGCCAACCCCCACGAUAAUUGUUUGUCCCUACUACCCUGCCUUGAUUUGACCAAUGAACGGGGGUUUGAACACCACACGCGCACUGCCAUUAGCCAUAAUAACUUGCCUUACAUCCCGCCGGUCGACAUGUAGGAUGCAAGCUCCAAUACGUUCAGUUCACACCUCACCAAAAAACCUGCCUUCCAUCUAAACCAAGGUUGCCAGUGGGUGGAGCUACAGUUCAGUACAAGCCCCUCCCCAUGUUACUGUGCACUAAUCCAUGUUCCAUUAUGAGAUCAUCGACUGUGUCCUUAAACUGAACAUGCUACUGAUUCAUUUACAUGGAAGUCACACUGUGGAUUUAUGUACAUGUGUGUUUGCUUAGAUUAGAGGGAAUCAAAGUUUGGUAUUACAGUUCCUGGAAAAGCUUCCUGUCUGACCAACACACAUACACACACACACACACACACACCUGCUUCUAAGCUGUAUCUCGAUGUAUAGGGCACAAGCCAUAGGAGUACCUUCCUUACACGCUCAAGUCCUUUUUAUGUCCAAUCAAGAUGUGAUCGAUUUUUCUUACUUGACUGUUGUGCCUGCCUGUCUCAGUGGACUCAGUGUCCAAGAACUAUCCAUGAAAAGUAGGCCAAGAUUAUUGUUAUUUUUUACGUCUUUUUUUUAAAUGCCUUUUUUUUCAUGAAAUUCUGUUAAUUGCAAAGAAAUGUUUGUACCAACAAGGGUAUAGAAUGGGUAUAAAAUGCCCCAUUCAACUCAUUCCCCGGUGUAGAAAACUCUCAUGUUUGUACCAACAAGGGUAUAGAAUGGGUAUAAAAUGCCCCAUUCAACUCAUUCCCCGGUGUAGAAAACUCUCAUGUUUGUACCAGCAAGGGUAUAGAAUGGGUAUAAAAUGCCCCAUUCAACUCAUUCCCCGGUGUAGAAAACUCUCAUGUUUGUACCAACAAGGGUAUAGAAUGGGUAUAAAAUGCCCCAUUCAACUCAUUCCCCGGUGUAGAAGACUCUCAUGUUUGUACCGACAAGGGUAUAGAAUGGGUAUAAAAUGCCCCAUUCAACUCAUUCCCCGGUGUAGAAAACUCUCAUGUUUGUACCGACAAGGGUAUAGAAUGGGUAUAAAAUGCCCCAUUCAACUCAUUCCCCGGUGUAGAAAACUCUCAAUUCCAAGUUUCUUUGUUCCUGUGUGCAUUAUGUUCCGAGUUUUAGAGGUUCUGGGAAUUCUGGGAAAGAAUAUUCAUAGCACAGUGUUUGUAUUAUUUAACAUGUAAUAUACAAAUAUUUGAAUGGAAUAAAUCAUGAGUUUUAA